UGGAGAACAGCGUUAACCGGCGGGGCGGCCGGUUUUAUGAAUGAAGCUAUGGCUACAGAUUCCCCAAGAAGACCCAGUCGUUGUACUGGUGGAGUUGUGGUUCGUCCCCAGGCUGUCACAGAGCAGUCCUACAUGGAAAGUGUUGUGACUUUUCUGCAGGAUGUUGUGCCACAGGCUUACAGUGGAACACCUCUAACAGAAGAAAAGGAGAAAAUAGUCUGGGUCAGAUUUGAAAAUGCAGAUUUAAAUGAUACAUCAAGAAAUCUGGAAUUUCAUGAAAUACAUAGCACUGGGAAUGAACCGCCUUUGCUGAUUAUGAUUGGCUACAGUGAUGGAAUGCAGGUCUGGAGUGUCCCUAUCAGUGGGGAAGCACAAGAGCUCUUCUCUGUUCGGCAUGGCCCAAUUCGAGCGGCUAGAAUCUUGCCUGCUCCACAGUUUGGUGCUCAAAAAUGUGAUAACUUUGCUGAAAAAAGACCCCUCCUUGGUGUUUGUAAGAGCAUUGGAUCUUCUGGCACAAGCCCACCGUACUGUUGUGUGGAUCUGUAUUCACUUCGUACCGGGGAGAUGGUCAAGUCCAUUCAAUUUAAGACCCCUAUUUAUGAUCUCCAUUGCAAUAAACGGAUCCUUGUCGUAGUCUUGCAGGAGAAAAUUGCUGCCUUUGAUAGCUGUACUUUCACGAAGAAAUUCUUUGUCACAAGCUGCUAUCCAUGUCCAGGGCCAAACAUGAAUCCUAUUGCUCUUGGGAGCCGCUGGCUUGCUUAUGCAGAAAACAAGUUGAUUCGAUGUCAUCAGUCCCGUGGUGGAGCCUGUGGAGACAACAUUCAGUCUUAUACUGCCACAGUCAUUAGUGCUGCUAAAAAUCCAAAUACUGAUGUGAAGUCAUACAUUUUACCUUUCAUUGUACAGACACUGAAAAGUGGCCUGACAAUGGUGGGGAAAGUGGUGACUCAGCUGACAGGCACGCUACCUUCAGGUGUGACAGAAGAUGAUGUUGCCAUCCACGGUAAUUCACGGCGGAGUCCUUUGGUCCCAGGCAUCAUCACAGUUAUUGACACCGAAACUGUUGGAGAGGGCCAGGUGCUUGUGAGUGAGGAUUCUGACAGUGAUGGCAUUGUGGCCCACUUCCCUGCCCAUGAGAAGCCAGUGUGCUACAUGGCUUUUAAUACAAGCGGAAUGCUUCUAGUCACAACAGACACCCUUGGCCAUGACUUUCAUGUCUUCCAAAUUCUGACUCAUCCUUGGUCCUCAUCACAAUGUGCUGUCCACCAUCUGUAUACUCUUCACAGGGGAGAAACUGAAGCCAAAGUACAAGACAUCUGCUUCAGCCAUGACUGUCACUGGGUUGUGGUCAGUACUCUCCGGGGUACUUACCACGUUUUCCCCAUCAACCCUUAUGGUGGCCAGCCUUGUGUUCGUACACAUAUGUCACCACGAGUAGUGAAUCGCAUGAGCCGUUUCCAGAAAAGUGCUGGACUGGAAGAGAUUGAACAAGAACUGACAUCUAAGCAAGGAGGUCGCUGUAGCCCUGUUCCAGGUCUAUCAAGCAACCCUUCUGGGUCACCCUUGCAUGGAAAACUGAACAGCCAAGACUCCUAUAACAAUUUUACCAACAACAACCCUGGCAACCCUCGACUCUCUCCUCUCCCCAGCUUGAUGGUAGUGAUGCCUCUUGCACAAAUCAAGCAGCCAAUGACAUUGGGGACCAUCACCAAACGAACAGGCAAAGUUAAACCUCCUCCACAAAUUUCACCCAGCAAAUCGAUGGGCGGAGAAUUUUGUGUGGCUGCUGUCUUCGGAACAUCCAGGUCAUGGUUUGCAAAUAAUGCAGGUCUGAAAAGAGAAAAAGAUCAGUCCAAACAAGUUGUAGUUGAGUCCCUGUACAUUAUCAGUUGCUAUGGCACCUUAGUGGAGCACAUGAUGGAGCCGCGGCCCCUCAGCACUGCCCCCAAGAUUAGUGAUGACACGACACUGGAAAUGAUGACAUCGCCUCGAGCCAGCUGGACUCUGGUUAGAACCCCUCAAUGGAAUGAAUUGCAGCCACCAUUUAAUGCGAACCAUCCUCUGCUCCUCGCUGCAGAUGCAGUACAGUAUUAUCAGUUCCUGCUUGCUGGCCUGGUUCCCCCUGGAAGUCCUGGGCCCAUUACUCGACAUGGGUCUUAUGACAGUUUAGCUUCUGACCAUAGUGGACAGGAAGAUGAAGAAUGGCUUUCCCAGGUUGAAAUUGUAACACACACUGGACCCCACAGACGUCUGUGGAUGGGUCCACAGUUCCAGUUCAAAACCAUCCAUCCCUCAGGCCAAACCACAGUCAUCUCAUCCAGUUCAUCUGUGUUGCAGUCUCAUGGUCCGAGUGACACGCCACAGCCUCUUUUGGAUUUUGAUACAGAUGAUCUUGAUCUCAACAGUCUCAGGAUCCAGCCAGUCCGCUCUGACCCAGUCAGUAUGCCAGGGUCAUCCCGUCCAGUCUCUGAUCGAAGGGGAGUUUCCACAGUGAUUGAUGCUGCCUCAGGUACCUUUGACCGGAGCGUGACCCUGCUGGAGGUGUGCGGGAGCUGGCCUGAGGGCUUCGGGCUGCGGCACAUGUCCUCCAUGGAGCACACCGAGGAGGGCCUCCGGGAGCGACUCGCCGACGCCAUGGCAGAGUCACCCAGCCGGGACGUCGUGGGAUCCGGAACAGACACAGCCCUUGAUGUAGCAGUAAAAACCUUCCCCCCCGAGAGACACGUGGCUGUGAAGUGUUUUGAACUUCAGCGAGAGGGAAGCAUCGAGACUCUGAGUAACAGCUCAGGCUCCACCAGUGGCAGCAUACCAAGAAACUUUGAUGGCUACCGAUCUCCGCUGCCCACCAAUGAGAGCCAGCCCCUCAGCCUCUUCCCGACUGGCUUCCCGUAGGUACCAGCAAUCUGCUUCUGACUAGCCAGCCCCCUCCCCUGCCGGAGGAGAGGAGAAGCCCCGCUCUGGUCCUACCCUCCAGUUUCUGCUCCUCCUUCAUCAACCACCUUCCCCAAGCUUAGUGACAGCAGCCACCCGUCCUACCUGGAUGGAGAAGAGACCCUUCUCCAAGCACCUCGGCGCACCUACCCUCUGCCACACCUGUCGGUGGAGGCUGUGGCCAGGAGAGACUGCAGAAGCUCGGUCCCUGUGUAUGUUUGCAUAUGACAUCCUGCAUUGGAUCCGCUUUUGUAUU